AUGGCACCACCUUCCUUUUUCAGCAUCGGCGUUAUUGUGCUGUCGGUGCUCUGUCCGGCGGUCUUGAGCGCCUUGGUCAGUGUGACGGACUUUGGGUCCAACCCGACUAAGCUUCAAAUGUACAUCAAUGUGCCGGCCAAGCUUGCGACCAAGCCAGCUGUGAUCCUCGCGCUUCAUGGAUGCGGUGGUAAUGGGCCAGGAUACGCUCAACAAACCAAGUACAAUACCUUGUCUGAGCAGUACGGGUUCAUCACCAUCUUCCCGAGCACGACCAACGACAACAAUUGCUGGGAUGUUGCUUCAAACAAGUCACUGACCCACGAGGGCGGCGGCGACACACAGGGUCUCUCCAACAUGGUCAAGUACACCAUCCAGAAGUACAGCGCCGACACGUCAAAGAUCUUCGUCACUGGCACCUCUUCCGGCGGUAUGAUGACCAACGCGCUCGCCGCAACAUAUCCGGACCUCUAUGCUGCUGGAUCCGCAUACUCCGGCGUUGCUGCCGGCUGCCUUGCAGGAUCGCCCGGUGCGUCACCUAUCAGCGCAGACCCGACCUGUGCAAACGGCAACGUAAGAAAGACGCAGGCACAGUGGGUGGCGCAGGUGAAAGCCAUGUACCCGGCCUGGAACGGCUCGUACCCGCGAAUGCAGACCUGGCACGGUACCGCCGACAAUCUGGUGUUCUAUCCCAACUUGGCUGAGCAGAUCAAGGAGUGGUCUGGCUUACUCGACGUGACCUUUACCAAGAACAAUACCAACACACCGCAGUCAGCGUACACACAGAUGGUGUAUGGGGAUGGUACGAAGCUUGUGGCUUAUAGCGCGCAGGGUGUCGGACAUACUGUUCCGGUGCAUGAAACGGUGGACUUGGCUUGGUUUGGUAUACAGUGA